UAAACAGUGCGUGCCGCAUGGUCAACUUAUGCCAGCUGCACACAAGCGUGAUGUUCGUCUCGCGCGACGCGCGAUAUCCAAUAAGCGUUUAGCUUUAGAAUGAGAACAUCGGUAAAGCUGCACUGUGCGGCAUUAGGCGUACUCAGGCUCGUAUUUUCAGCACUCAAUUGUGUAAACAUGAAUCAAAAGAGGAAGUGCGUAACAAUAAGCAACAAGCAACAGAUAAUUGAGGAGAUUGCUUCCGGAUUAAGAGUUAAAGAUGUGGCAAGAAAAUACGGUAUCACGUCAAGUUCUGUAUCAAAAAUAAUGAAACAAAAAGAUCAUAUCGCUUCCUUUAGCAAAUCCAUGCAUCAUGCACAGUUAAAAAAAGUAAGUAAGAUGAGAUGCCCAACGAAUGUGGAUGCAGUCCUUUACACAUGGUUUUGUCAACAAAGGUCAUGGGGACAAACAAUUAGCGGACCGUUAUUAUGUGAAAAAGCUCAGGAAAUUAAUAAAAUAUUAAAUGGACCUGCAUCCUUCAUGGCUAGUAAUGGUUGGCUGCAAAAAUUCAAACAGAGACAUGGCAUAUGUCAAUCCUCUAUACAAGAAAAAUUAUCCUAUAAUACUGAAGAAAUUAAACAUUUUCCUGAAAAAUUUCAUUCAUUUGUCAAAGACCAUGGAUAUACUUUACAAAAUAUUUAUAAUGCCGAUGAAACUGGAUUAUAUUGGAGGACGUUACCUCAAUUGAUUCUAACUGCAGAACAUGAAUUAUCGGCUGCUAACUUGAAAGUUAGUAAAGAACGACUAACAGCGAUGAUGUGUGCAAAUGCCAAUGGGACUCAUAAAUUACCACUACUCAUUAUUGGUAAAUACAAAAAUCCUAGAUGUAUGAAAAAUGUAUGUAAAUUGCCAGUAAUUUUUACCACUCAGAAAAAUGCUUGGAUGGACAGGACAAUAUUUUUUGAUUGGUAUACUAACGUUUUUAUAAAAUUGGUGCUUGAAAAACAAACUGAACAAGGCAGAAAUGAAAAAGUUCUUUUGAUAUUAGACAAUGCUCCAUCUCAUCCAAGCGAAGAUCAAUUGAAUUCUGUUAAUGAGAAUUUUAAAGUUGUAUUUCUGUCUCCCAACGUAACUGCCAUUCUACAACCAAUGGAUCAAGGGAUUAUUGAACAAACUAAACGAAAUUAUAGAAAAAAUGUGCUACGUCUUCUGCUGGAAGCAAAUUUAUUACAAACAGUUUUUUUAAAAAAGUUGACAAUUCUUGAUUGUUGUAACAUGAUAGCUGAAGCAUGGAAUAAUGUUUUAUUUAAUGAUUUGAGAAGAGCUUGGAAAAAUUUACUAUCUAUAAAUGACGCAGUAGAUGUAACUUUGAACGAUAAUUCGAACGGUCGUGAUGAAUCCGAAAAUUGUUUUAAUGAAAUUUCAAGCGUUUAUACGCAAAACGAGAUUCAGUCAUGGAUUAAUAUUGAUAGUAGAGAUCAAGGUUGGGAACCGCAAAAUAUGAAUGAUAUUAUUGAUAAUUUGCAAAAUAAUAAUGAGCAUGAGUCUGCAGAAGAAGAGGAAUCACAUGAUGAGAAUGAUUCUAAGUCAGUUAAAUUAUCCAAAGAUAUUAUUCAAGCUGUACAUAUUUUUAAAAAUUGGUCACAACAUCAACAGGAAUGUACAAUGUCAGAUUUUAUUUCUAUUACAAAAGUAUUGAAUGUAGCUGAGAAGCUGUUAGGGCAGUAAAAUUUUAUGUGAAGAUUUAAUAAGUAUGACAAUUGUUUUAAAUGAAAAUUAAUUUUUAAAUAUCAGGAGACGCGGUAGUGUUCAAAUCUCUUAUUCCAAGCCACUAAGUCCAUUUUUCGGAGUGCAUAAUUACUAAAAUAUAAAAAAUUUUGAAUUGAACGUUAUAUAUGUCUUGAAAGACGGCAUUGCUACGAGUAAUUUGAGCUAAAAAAAUUUUUGAAAUCGGUGAAGCCGUUCUGGAUAUAUAACCGAUCGAAAAGUGACGAUUUUCAUAAGAAAUGAAGUAACAUCUUCUUCUCUGUCUGCAGUCAUAUGCACCUCUCUUCUGUCUCACCUUUCACUCACAUCUCGACCAACUUCGACCCACCGUACCUCCUCCCCCUCCUCUGCCUCCACCACCCUUCUCUUUCACCGUAUUUCAUUCUC